UGAUACAAAAACAAAUCUCGUUAUUGUGUAGCGAAUAUAUAUGUUGCUGAAUAUCAAUAUUACAGUCAAGUAUAGCAGUAAUCUACGAUUAUUUGACAUCAAAUCAAGUCACUGUCUAGGGACAGGUGACCGGCAGCGAUGGACGAUGGUCUGGCUGAGGCGGUGGCCGCCGCCGGCGCGGGCGCCGAGCCGGGCCCGCUGGCGGAGCUCUCGUUCGAGGAGCAGGCCGUCGAGCUGCUGCUGCAGGCCAUCACCGUGGUGUCUGCCGGCGCCAUGGUGCUCGGCGGCGCCGUGCCCUACAUCCCGCAGUACCUGGAGAUAAAGCGGAACCAGAACACGGACGGAUUCUCGCUGUUCGUCUGUCUCGCCCUGCUGCUGGCCAACACGCUACGUAUCCUGUUCUGGAUGGGCCACCCGUUCGAGCUGCCCCUGCUGGCCCAGAGCGUCAUCAUGAACGUGGUGAUGCUGCUACUGAUUCACGUCUGUGUUACCGUCAAGGCCCGUCAGCAGAUCGUCAAACACAAGGAGCGCACAUUCACUGAUUUCGACAUGCGCUACUUCUGGGAGUGGACCGACUUUGAGUCGUACGUGGAGUGCAUGCUCACCUUCGCCCUGGUGGGAUCCGUCCUCAUGUAUUUCCUGAUUGAUAAUCCAUGGUUCGUGGAAACGGUGGGAUUUUUGGCUGUGUUUACCGAAGCCAUGCUCGGGGCACCGCAGUUUUACAAGAACUUUGAGCAGAAGUCAACCUACGGAAUGAGUGUGAAGAUGGUGGUAAUGUGGACGUGUGGCGACACGUUCAAAACCGUCUACUUCAUCGUGCGCUCGGCGCCGGCGCAGUUCUGGCUCUGCGGCUUCCUGCAGAUGGGUAUCGACGUGGCCAUUCUGGCGCAGGUCGCCUACUAUCGGCAGGACACGCUGCGCCGCCGCAAGAGCGACCUCGGUCGGUGACGCGCCGAACCGCAGCUGCACCGGCUGGCGCCAGGCGGCGCUGCGGUCGGCGCACACCAGCCGAUGUAAGUGGCGCUGCGGUCGCCUGUGUAUUGUAGUUGCCGGGGUCACCGGCAGGUGGCGCGCAGAGGGGUGCUGUGGGUGUGUGGAGCGGGAUUCCACAGACGGAGAGCUCCCACUAAUCGCAGCAGUGAACGGUCUCCCCACCGUCCCUCCGGCCUGUCGUUUGUCCUCCGCUACCCUAACUGCGGUUACUAGAGGUCCCCCCCCCCCCCCCCCCUGGGCUACCUUGGAUGGAAUCACUGCCUGGCUGGCCACGGGAGCAGCUAUCGGACAUACCGUGACCCUGGACUGAAGGCGGAGCGGUGCUAUAAAUGUACUCAGUUCCCAGGGUGUUUUUAAGGCGACUUCUCCUCGAGUUCCUUCAAUCGGAACUCGCUGCGAUGAGGACUACGGUACGGAAGAACAACGAUAAUAGUCAUAUGUCUAAUCAAUCGUUUGUGGGGUAACAACGAUGGUAUCAAUGUUGUGUUGCGAGAUGCAGCUGCUGUGUUUCCGUUUGUGAUAAGAGAUUCAGACGUUUUCUUAUCAAAAGCGGGUCCCAAUCAUGACUUGAGUGCUUGUGAAAGCAGAUAAUUAGCGUGCCAAUAGUCGCUCGGAUAGUGUGAUUGUACGACCUGAACAGUUACAGAUGUCGCCCGAAUAUCUUAUGAGACAUCUGUCGAGAGGAGAUCAGAUCGUGUCCUGUGAUUAUUCUACGUGUCUUACCGCACGAGCUAUAGGAAAUUGGAGUUUCCUGCUAAUUGAGUUCCCCUCGCCUACUUCCCAUUGUGAUUUGGUGUGGUCCUAUAAGUGAUUAAACAGCCUCGCUUGAAGAAGAUCAACUUGUCUAAUUCCUAUUUAUAAAUGCAUGCCAUAUGUUUCCCGUAAGCUUCGGUUUUAGCUUCUGCAUUCCCGUGUGAUCCGUUGACAGUUUCUUUACUUUGCUGACGGUAUGCGACAGGAGAGUCUCUUGAAGAGCAUACUAUCAGUGACUACUGCUAGCUAAUUCGGCUGAUUAGCUUGCUUAUUGUGUCGUUAUUUUACCAUGCCUUUGAAUGCUGAUAGGCAGAGAGAUUCUGGAGAAUCAGUGCCUUCGUUUGAGCCGGGUCCGUUGAAGGGCGAGGCGCGGCCACCGGUAAGUCGAUCUCAGGCGCACACUUGUACUCCUGGUGCUUCUCUUGCCUUCGCACGUGUGUUUUGUGGCGUAUGCGCCGCCGUGCGUGCCCCUGUCGCCUUCACUUGUAGGGACUCGGUGAUUUUGUGUUACUCGAUAUUGUGGGCUUCAUUGUGUACACUAACUGAAUACAGAAAUGAUUCAGGACGCAAUA